AUGGUGAAAUGGGUGACUAAGCAAGCCGUUAUUAAGUUUAGUAGUGGGAGGUAUCAAGAUGAGCUCUUAUGUGACAUAGUACCAAUGAAAGCGUGUCACAUCUUGCUUGGGAGGCCUUGGCAAUGUGAUAGGGAUGCGCAACAUAUUGGGAGGUCCAACAAGUAUACUUUUGUACUUGGAGGUCGAAAAUUUGUUCUUGCUUCAUUAACACCCUAUCAAGUUAGUGAAGAUUAUAGAAUCAUGAAAGAACUCCGAGAGAGGGUUCAAGUGGAGGAAAUGGAGAAGCGUGAGAAGGGAGCCUUGGUGGCCAUUGGUGGAGAAGGAUCAUCUCAAGAUGGAUCCAAGAGGUGUAUGUUGGCCAAGCCAAGAAAUUGUUUGAAGGGAAUUGAAGAGAGGAACUUAAUGGUGUACCUUGUAAACAAAGAUCUUCUUUUGCAUACUAACCAAACUGCUAGCACUUUUCCUAGUAGUGUGACUUCUCUUUUGUAA